CUCGACGACUGGCAUGGAUCGGGUUGCCUACAGUGGCCAUGGCGAUCUCCCGCUCAACGUGGCGCGCCUCGUGGAGCGUUCCGACGGCCAAGCGCCAAUUCGCUGCGUGCGCCUCACACACGCUGCGAAUUCAGCAAUGAUCCUCUGCGCCGGCUGGACGGCCCGCGCCAACGACGACGACGAGGUGCGCGAUGUGCAGCUACCGCCAUGGAUGUUGCACGUGCUUGGCAUGACGCACGGCGCCAAUGGCCUCGUGUGCAAGACCAUCGAUGUGCCAGAAGACGUCGCCGAGUCCAUUGUCAUCGAGCCGUUGGGUGCAUUUCCGCUGCAACGCGGGUCGCCAUUGCUGCCGCAAGUGCUCGUCGACAACACGCUCGACCUCUCGACGACUUUUGGCCGCCAAGUCGCGUACGUCAGCGCCGGUCAUACCGUCGCAGUCCUGGUUCUCGGUCUGCCGUACCUCUUUCGUGUGCAUGCGAUUGCGACAGCGACCAACCCAGCGGCGCCCCUUGCACGCGUCGGCCGCGCCACCUUGGUCCAACUUGCGCAGUCCACGGACGCCUCGUCGACGCUCGCCAAGAGCAGCAGACAGCUCGACGAGGUAUGGGCGUCGCAUCCGUGGCGAGAACGCAUCGAGCGCCAUGGUUUUGCCGGCUACGAAAAUACCGUCGACGACGUGCUCUUCCACCUCCGUCUCGUGCUUCUCACGUCGUCCGAGUACGUCGCGUCCCACGGCCUGCUCGUGCGCGGUGUCCACGGCGUAGGCAAGACGCUCUUGCUCCAAGCGCUCGGAGCGCAGCUCCGAAGCCUCGGGAUCCCCGUCGUGUACCUCGAGGGCAUGUCGUUGAUGCUCGAGUCGGCCGUGACGACGGCGUUUCCAUCCCCGACAGCCUUCUUGGCCCACAAGCUCCAGUCGUUGGCAGACUUUGGUGUCCUUUUGCUCGACAAUGUCGAAGCAUGCUUUGAAGAGAACGAAGUGUCGCCCAUGGGUCGCAGCCUCCUCCAGGUGCUCGAUUCGAUUGGCUCGAGGCGCGUCGUCGUCGUCGCGUCAUCGACGAUCGGUCUUCCUGCGUCGGCCACGCGUGUCGGGCGACUCGAGCGUGAAUUGGAGCUGCCCGUGCCGAGUGAAGUGUGCCGGCAAGCAAUUCUGCGCCGGCUGCUCCUCGCGGCGGCGCUGGACGCGCCUCACAACGACGUAGCCCAUCGUGUGGCGCUUGCGACCGGCGGCUACGUCGCCAAGGACCUUGUCCGCGUCUGCCGGUAUGCACUCGCCUCGUCCAAGCUCCAGGAGGCACCGACUGUCGUGUGGCAAGACUUUGUCAAGGCGCUCGGGGUGACGACGCCGUCGCAGCUCCAAACCCUCAACGUGCAGGCGCCGGGCGCGGCCUUGGCGAGCUGGACGCUGUUUGCAGGGUAUUCGGCGCUCAAGAACCGCCUCCUCGAGCUCAUCUCAUACCGCUUUGAGCGAAAAGAAGCGCUUGCGGCCCUCGGUGUGCAGAGUGUCUCGGGCAUUCUGCUGUACGGUCCGUCGGGCUGCGGCAAAACGACGCUCGUGCGUGGCCUCGCGGCCAAGUGCAACGCCAACUUUGUGCGCGUCCAGUCAUCCGACCUUUUGUCCAAGUACUUUGGCGAGACGGAAAAGUCGAUCCGAGACGUGUUUGCACGGGCACGAGCGUCGGCGCCGUGCAUUUUGUUUUUUGACGAACUCGACGCGAUCGCAGAGAAGCGAGCGUUCGACAGUUCUGGCGGCGGCAGCAGCAGCAGUGUCUACGCCCGCGUCUUAUCCACGCUGCUCAACGAAAUGGACGGCGUUGGCGGGCAAGCGUCCGAGGUGAUUGUGAUGGCCGCUACCAACCGCAAGGAUGCACUUGAUGCGGCUCUUGUGCGACCGGGCCGCAUUGACCAAGCCCUUGAAGUUGGGUACCCCGAUCAAAACGACCGCCUCGCCAUUUUCGAAUCGUACACGCGUCGCAUGCCAUUGGCAGAGGACGUCGACGUCGCCGCUCUCGCAUCGACGCCGUUUGAUUUGCGCAGCGAUUUGAGCAAGAUGGAGCGGGCAGCGCACAUGACAGGCGCCGACAUUGGCGCCAUCUGCAAAGCCGCCGCCUUCCACGCGCUGCGCCACGAUGUCGAUGCAGCGUCUGUAGCGAUGGCACACUUUCGAGCCGCGAUCGCCUCGCGCCUCGAGCGCGUCUAAGGCUCUGUGCCCUCUUCUACCUUAAUACUGCUGCUGUUGGUCUUGGCG